AUGCAUAGCAGUUGGGGUGGACUUACUAACACCUUGUACCAGUUGCAAGGCUUACACCAUCAGAAUCCUUCUUGCAAUUGUAGCCACUUAAGUGAAAGUCUUCCAAAUGGAGUGAAAUCUGCUUUCUUGAAUGGGUGGCUUGAUGAAGAGAUCUUUGUGAGCAACCUGAAGGGUAUACGGUUGAAGGACAGAGGUCCUAACUCCACUAGGCUGCUGGAUUUCAAGAAGGAGUUGCACAAGGAAUUUGAGAUGACCGACUUAGGGGAGAUGAGUUUCUUCUUGGGAAUGGAAGUGUGGCAGUCCCCUUAUGGCAUAUUUAUCUCCCAAGAGAGGUAUGCUAAUGAACUCUCAAAAAUUUGCAAGGAGAACUGCAAACCUGUCAACACACCUCUGAUGCAAAAUGUGAAGCUGUGUAAAAAUGAUGGUGCUGCUAAGUUGAUGAAACAAGUACAGAAGCAUAGUUGGGUGCUUGUUGACUUGACUGCAAUAAGGCCAGACAUUAUGUUGCAGCAAGUUUACUCCUAG